CCCCCACGCCGCUCUCCGCGCUGGGAUCGCGGCGCCUCCCGCUCUCCUCACCGCUGCACGCCGGCCCCGCGGACCUGGAGACGGCGGCCGUGGUCUGGGGGCUCCGACGGCUCAGCGGUCGAGGCGGCUGCGCGCGGGGAGCGGAGCGGAGCCCGGCAAGUCCCGGAGAGGAGAUGUUGCCGGGCGCGGGCCCCUGCGUAAGGCGGGCGCCGCCGCAGGCCGGUCGGUGAGGCGCCGCCGGGGGAGGCCGCGACGGAGCUCCCGGACCCGCCAUGGGCUGAGACACAUCCUCCGCGAGCAGAACAUGCCCGGGUGACUUCUUCCCAGAUCUCCUUUGUGGCCUUCCUCGCCCUCCCAGUGACACUAUGCAACCCCAGUGUGACCUGCGAGGCCUCUGGCUCCUGCUGCUGUCCUUGUUCCUGCUCCUCUUUGAGGUGGCCAGAGCUGGCCGUCCCGUGGUUAGCUGUCCUGCCGCCUGUCUAUGCGCCAGCAACAUCCUCAGCUGCUCCAAGCAGCAGCUGCCCAACGUGCCCCACUCCUUGCCCAGCUACACGGCACUACUGGACCUCAGCCACAACAACCUGAGCCGCCUGCGGGCCGAGUGGACCCCCACGCGCUUGACCCACCUGCACUCCCUGCUGCUGAGCCACAACCACCUGAAUUUCAUCUCUUCUGAGGCCUUUUCCCCGGUACCCAACCUGCGCUACCUGGACCUCUCCUCCAACCAGCUGCGUACGCUGGACGAGUUCCUGUUCAGUGAACUGCAGGCACUGGAGGUGCUGCUGCUCUACAAUAACCACAUCAUGGCAGUGGACCGCUGCGCCUUCGACGACAUGGCCCAGCUGCAGAAACUCUACUUGAGCCAGAACCAGAUCUCCCGCUUCCCUCUGGAACUGGUCAAGGAAGGAGCCAAGCUACCCAAACUGACGCUCCUGGAUCUCUCCUCCAACAAGCUAAAGAACUUACCACUGCCCGACCUGCAGAAGCUGCCCGCCUGGAUCAAGAACGGGCUGUACCUACACAACAACCCCCUGCACUGCGACUGUGAGCUCUACCAGCUCUUUUCCCACUGGCAGUACCGGCAGCUGAGCUCCGUGAUGGACUUUCAGGAGGACCUGUAUUGCAUGAGCUCUAAGAAGCUGCACAAUGUCUUCAAUCUGAGUUUCCUCAAUUGCAGCGAGUACAAGGAGCGUGCCUGGGAGGCUCACCUGGGAGAAACCUUGACCAUCAAGUGUGACACCAAGCAGCAGGGGAUGACCAAGGUGUGGGUGACGCCAAAUAAUAAACGGGUGCUAGAUGAGGUGGCCAACAGCACAGUGACAGUGUCCAAGGAUGGCAGUCUUCAUUUCCAGAAGGUGCAGGUUGAGGAUGGGGGCGUGUAUACCUGCUACGCCAUGGGGGAGUCUUUCAACGAGACACUGUCUGUGGAGUUGAAAGUGUACAAUUUCACCUUGCACGGACACCACGACACCCUCAACACAGCCUAUACCACCCUUGUGGGCUGUAUUCUCAGUGUGGUCCUGGUUCUCAUCUACCUGUACCUCACCCCUUGCCGCUGCUGGUGCCGGGGUGUCGAGAAGCCUUCCAGCCAUCAAGGAGACAGCCUCAGUUCUUCCAUGCUCAGUACCACACCCAACCACGAUCCUAUGGCUGGUGGGGACAAGGAUGAUGGUUUUGACCGGCGGGUGGCCUUCCUGGAACCUGCUGGACCCGGGCAGGGUCAAAAUGGCAAGCUCAGACCUGGCAACACCCUGCCAGUGCCUGAGGCGACAGGCAAGGGUCAGCGGAGGAUGUCGGAUCCAGAAUCGGUCAGCUCGGUCUUCUCUGAUACACCCAUUGUGGUGUGAGCAGGAUGGGUUGGUGGGGAGAUUCUGCCCCAGGAGAGGUAAUGCACCCCUGAAGGAUAUGAGGGGAUGGAAGAGAGGGCUGGCUGCCCAAGGGAGUGUGUUCCCCCCGACCUCAAGGGAAUUGGUCAAGGGUACAACAGGCAAGACCCGAAACGGGGUGUGGCUGCCACGAUUUUCAAAUAUGGAUAUAUUAAUCCUCAGGCAAAUGCUACGCCCCUACCCAGAGCCUUGACAGUUCUCAAUGUGGUGGAGGAAGAGGAGUGUGUCUGAGUUGGUGGCAAUAAGGAAGGAGUAGGGGGAAGAGCAGAUUCCCUAAGCUUUUUUGAGGUCAUCUCUAGCUCCUUAAGAGAAAAUCAUUUAGGAAAAAAAAUCAUUUUUUUCUGUCUCUGCCCACCCACACCUGUGAUGUUGUGUGUGCUGGGGGAGCUUCCAAUGGAGCCACGUUGAGGAAAAGCUGUAUUAUCCUCUUUAGCCAGGAAGUCACACUUCACAGCUGGGGAAAUUGGAAACCUUUGGAAAAAUGAUUCAGGAGAAGGCUGAGACCUCAAUCAAUAACACUCCCCAAAGCUGUUGUGAGACUUCUCACUAAUGCCCUCCUGUUUCCUGAUGAGCCCUGGGUGGAUGGAUCUUUGCAGGAGCCUGGCCUGUUGCCUGUCAGAUAUGGCAGUGAUGUGACAUGUGGUAUCUGUGUCUUGUCCUGAGACCAGUGGUUCAGAGGGAUACAGCAUGAACCAAAGGGUCCAUGUCACAGCAUAUCAGAUGCCAGCACAAAACUGGUAGAUGAGGGAUAAACUCCAGAUUGCCUGGUGGAGGAAUCAAUUCCCUGGUUGGUGAAACCCUGGGUUCGCAUUUGAUUCCUAGCACCUGUGUGUCGGACCAGGGUGGGCGGUGCUGAAAGCAGAGCGUCUAUGGAUGCGUGCCACCGACGUGGGAUGGGGGCCACUUUGCACUAGGGGGAGGAGGGUAGAUCAGCCUCUAUUUUGUAGUAUCCAGCUGGACCUACCUGAUUUUCUGUGUAUGCUGUCCCUUCAUUCAGUCUCCUGAUCAAGCUUAGAUGGGAUUCUGAGUUUUCCCUAAUAUGCUGCUCUAUAAGGGAUGGAGUCCUGGAAAGUCUGGCCCCAGCUGGGUUAGACUGGGCUUGGGGAUGGAGGGGACUGGGUAUCUCCUCUAUGUUGACAAAGCCACCUUGCUCCUCUCUUAGCGAUCUCACCCCUGCUGCAAACCCAAAGCAUGGGGUUUCUUCAUCCGAGGAGUUGGGAUUGGGUGGUGUCUGCCUCAGAAGAAUGGCAGUUUGGAGAGUGGGCUUAGAGUUCUGCCCUCUCCACAGGGUUCCAGACAGUUUUGUAACAGAGACAGUCAGUGGCACUAAACUUUCCUUAAGUUCUACCACCCCCAUCUCUCUCAGCGAGAGGUCUGUGCUGUUGUGGUGGUCAGGCCAGAGGAACUUAAGAAGAGACCCAACAUUCCAUUCCAUCCAAGGUUGCAGAGUACUUUGGAUGUAGAGAUGACUGCUCCCUUUGACCCUACUGCAGGCCCUAGUUUGCUCUGAGCUUUGGGAAGGGGACGAGCAGGGGAAAGGUAAAAAUGUUCUCUGAAUUUGGUCUUUUUCAGUCUCUACCCUCUCUCCCACCAAGCUCCCUGUCCAUUGAAAGUUCUGCAGAUCUUCUAGUUUUCUGAUCUGCUCUUUAGGUUCCAAGAAAUGUCAUUUACCUGCAGAUGAGGGCUUCUUGCUAGGAGGGCCUAACUCCUGCUGCCUAUUAAGAUUCAGGGAGGAGACUGGAAUGCAACAUCUUCCCGUUGUCUGUUCCUGGGAUGUCAAGACUGCUGUCCAUCCUUUUAUUAGUAACGUAGUUUUGUCGAGAGAGGUGCAGCAUUUCCCUCAAGUACUUGCAUGCUCAUAGGGAUGCAUGCUUAUAGGUGUGCAUGCACACUAGCACCUUGAUUUCCAUCAGGACAGUGAUUCUUCAGUCCCCACUAAUGUCCACUUCCGGAAUGGUUUCCACCUGUGUGCACAACUUCAUGCACAUAAUUUUCUUUCCCUCUAGGAGAGACAGUGACCAUGCCAGGCUCCACACAUACAAACUCUUAUUACUUUUAAUUUCUGAACUGCCUGAAGCUUCCCCCACAUCUCCAUGUCACUGAAUAACUUCUCCGCAAAGGCUGGAGUUUGGAGAACCACAGGUUGAAGACCUUGGGAGGAGUGUUGGUGAGGAGCUAACUGCUUCUUCCGGCUCCUCAGAAACCUUCCUUGGAUUAAAGAUGAUAUAUAUGAGAAAUAAAUGUAGAACUCAGUCAGUGAUGGACCCAGAAGAAAACUGGCAGGGGACCCAGCAGCUGUAAGCUGCUCCUCGUAUGUUAACUGCCCUGGUAAGACAGGGGCAGGAGGGAAAAGUUGUCUGGUUAUAUUCCAGAGACUUCUGAAGAUUCUGAUACUGAAGCUGUAGGAGCCAGGACUUCCUCCUCAGAUUUAUCAGGGAACCAGGGAAAAUCUCACCUCCAUGCUGUAUCUUCCCCUCUAGGCACCAUCUAGGGCCCUGAAAAUCUUUAAAGUGAAUGUCAAAUGAAGUAGGUCUUUUGGAGCAUUCUAGCCGAGUUCCUGAGGUCUAGGAGGGCCAUUUUCUUCACAAGUCCUACCCAGUUUAGGGUAUAAUAAAAGGCCCCGAGGCUCUGAAUCUCCCUACUGAAUCCACUAGGUUGGCCAGUAUCUACCAGUUUAAGACUGGUAAUGUGCCUGGCUGCCCCACCAAGAGAUUGAACUGCUUAGCCUCUUCUGGUGGUUUUAGCUGAUAGAAUCCAAAGGUAGCUUCUUACUUGGACUGGGCACUCAGCAUAUAUAAGCUCACUAGAACCCUGUGUAGGAAACUGCCAGGUCUGGUUAUAAGAAAAGGUUGAGAGAUCACCCCCACCCCCAUGAACCAGAUAAGUCUCCCGGGAAGCAGGUGUCCCUGGAGACAGAGUAUGACAGGGCUCUACAAUCUGUCUGUGUGGUUAUUUGUGAUCUUUUUUCUUUGCCUGUGUUUGUGAGCUCUUAGGAAGGAGCCAGGCGAGGGUAUACCCCAGCUGGGAAGAGAAAAGCCAACUGAUUCCAGUUUUCUGUGUGUUCUUACCUCCGUACUUCCUUGUAGCCCUGCUGGCGAAGCAAGCAGGCCUCCCCACUGUCCAGGACCCUAGUCCUCCUCCUUGUGUACUCCCAGGCUGGCAAUCCUUGGAGCCAGUGGGCUCUGAAAACUAGACAAUGAUCAUUAAACCUGGCUUGAGUCUCUGUU